AUGAGUGGAAAGGGUAGAUCUACGAGAAAUGCAAACAGUGAUGCUGUACGAAGUGAUAAAGAGUCAAUAGACGUUCAGUGUUUUUGUUGCUGGAUUUUGUUUGCUGUCGGCUUGACUGAAGAAUCCUUAGAACUAGUAAAGGCAUGUAGUAAUGUCCAAUUUGUAUGCGAUGGGUGUUUAAAGUCACCUUCAUUGGAGGACCAGGUCAUCAAAAGCGUUAAAAGUGGAAAUGUUGAAAUAUGUGACAAGAUAGACAGCUUAAGCAAAAAGAUUAGAUUGAAGAUAAAUGCAAUCAAAGUGAAGAUGGAAGAAAAUGAAAGCAAAAUAAACAGGGUUUGCAAGAUAACUCACCUGACUGAUGGUGUUCAUGAUGGGUUGAACGUAGUGAAGCUGUUAAGACUUGGUAAGAAAAGUGAUAACGUGGAAAGACCAAUUUUGAUUAAAUUUGAUGACGUAAAGGUAAAAGAACUUAUCUUCAAGAACAUUGUUAAAAUGAGGUCUGUGGGCAAUGGUCUGACUUGUGUUGGUCUGAGCCACGAUCUGACUGUUGAGAAAAGAAAUGAACUUAAAAAAUUCUUGGAUGAUGCCAGAUCAAUUGCACCUAAUGUUGAUGGAGUUUAUGGUCUAAUUAGUGAUGGGUUGGAAGUGCUGGUGUUGACUGAAACGUGGCAUGGCUUGGCUGGGAACAACUCUGUCAAUAUUGCUAAGCCACCGGGGUAUUGUCAUGUGAACUUUGUCAGGCAGCAUGAUCCUGGAGGUGGAACAUUGGAUCUGGUUGUUGGCUCCGCUGAUUUUCUUAUUAUUAGUACUACGGUUUUUCCUCAUGGAGUUUUUUGUGAGCACAGUCUAAUAACGAUUAAGGCGGUAAUUGCUAAACCACGUCGAACAACAGCCAAACGAAUUGAUAGAUCGUGCAAAAAGAUUGAUGAAGAUGGAUUUGUUGAAGCAGUUUUAAAUUCUCCACUGUCUGGUUCUUGUCUUAGUAAUGAUGUUGAUGGUGAGAUAAAAAUUUUCAAUGAUGAGUUAAAGAAAAUCAUUGACAAGCUUGUGCCUAAAAGGGUUAUUCUUGACAGAGGUUAG